CUGAGACGUAAACCCCGCCGUCGCACGUUAGCGACCGGCAAGUGUUCUUGAUUGGCUGCGUGACCCAGCGAGUGACUUCUGGUGUGGCCCGAAGCUAGCAGCGAGCGGCUAGCUGCGAGCAGCGAGCGGCAAGCAAAGGGGGCAGCUGGCUCUGAGGCGGUGGCUGUGGCGGCGAGCUUGAAACUGCAAUUCUUUCAAUUUGGCGGAGGGGAAAGUUGCAAAUGUUGAGUGUGGGCGGCGUGUCGGCGGCUCUGCUGCUCGCGGCGGUGCUGACGACGAGCGAAGCGCUCAAAGAAGGAGAAUGUGAAGUGUGCGUGUCUUUUUUGGGCAAGUUCUACAGCUCCCUUCAGGAGCACAAAGCGGACCUGAACAGCGGCGAUGUGGAGAAGGCGCUCCUCAAGAGCUGCGGCGCCGCCAAAGGGAAAGAAAAUCGUUUUUGUUACUACAUCGGGGCGACCAGCGACGCCGCCACCAAGAUGAUCAACGAGGUGUCCAAACCGCUCAGCUUCCACGUCCCCGUGGACAGAAUCUGCGAGAAGCUCAAGAAGAAAGACGGCCAGAUCUGCGAACUCAAAUACGACAAACAGCUGGACCUGAGUUCGGUGGACCUGAAGAAGCUGAAGGUGAAGGACCUGAAGAAGAUUCUGGAGGAGUGGGGCGAGUCGUGCAAGGGUUGCGCCGAAAAGAACGAUUUCAUCCGUAAGAUCACAGAGUUGAUGCCCAAGUACGCCCCCGCCGCCGCAAACGCACGGACUGACCUGUGACCUCUGACCCCCGGGGACUCGCCUGCGCGACGGACCUUUUUUGUCCUCUCUCUCUUUUCACACGACUCGCUCAGGACGCCGCGUGGCGGCGGGCUGCCGUCAUCGUUUCCUGUUUGUGACUUGAUGUCUGUGUUUGUAUUAAAAGAUGUUUCAUGGGCUUUUUAA